AUGGAUUCCCGAGUUCAAGGAGAUGUGUCAUUCAUAGAUCUUUUACAAGGAAAUGCUGACAUGGACAACUCAUUUUUGGAUAAAUCUCAACAAGCUUCAAUGUCCAUUGAUCACUCUCAACCCCAAGUUGUUAUGGCUCGCACUAAGAAACCACAACGGGGUACCAACUUCUCUAUGGAGGAAGACAAGCUAUUGGUAUCAUCGUGGCUAAAUGUUGGCAUGGAUGCAGUGCAAGGGGCUAACCAAAAAUAUCGCCAAUUUUGGGAAAGAGUUCACAAAUAUUUCAAUGAACAUAAGGAGUUCCCUUUUGACCGAAUUUAUUCCUCCCUAAUGAAUAGGUGGUCAACCAUUCAAAAAUUAGUUAUUAAGUUUACUGCGUGCCUAUCUCAGAUUGAACAUCUCAACCAAAGUGGUACUACUGAGCAUGACAGGAUUCAAAAGGCAAAGUGUGUGUAUCGCUCAGAGAAUAACAAUGUAGCUUUUCCAUAUGAACAUUAUUCGAUAAAUGAAGAUGAGGGGGAUAAUGUGUCGCAUGGUAACAAUGUAGACUUUGAGAGACCAAUAGGCAGAAAAGCCGAAAAGGCAAAAAGAAAGAGGAAAGAGGGUCCCUCCGAAGAUGUUGUGGAAUUCAUGAAGAGAAAAACAGAAUGUAUUGAGGAAGCGCGUGUUUAA